AUGGCCUCCUUCCAGAUCUUGUCCGAUUUACAUCUCGAACACAACAACUACUCAGACUAUCGCAUCGUACCAGCAGCACCGUACCUUGCUUUGAUAGGCGACAUCGGAUGUGUCAAGGAUUCCGGCUACAUUAGCUUUCUCAGAAACUUGCUGGACCAAUUUCGCAUUGUGUUCUGUGUCCUCGGAAAUCACGAGCCUUAUGGCUCCAACUGGGAUAAGGCGUGGGAGACGCUGAAGAAUUUCGAACAAGUAAAUCGAAAUGAACGCAAGAAGAACCCUCAAAGCCCCGUUGGCGAGUUUGUCUUUAUGUAUCAGGGAGAGUACCAAAUACCCAACAGCAACAUAACCGUGCUGGGAUGCACACUAUUCUCCGACGUUCCAUCAUCGAAGAUGACACCAGUCAGCAAUGGCCUGAAUGACUUCCGCGAAAUCGAUGGCUGGACUGUCGAAGAACAUUGCCAACUAUACAAGGAAGAUCUGAAGUGGUUGAAUGACAGGGUAAACUCCGUGCCAACCGAUUCUGAUCGCAGGAUUGUCAUCUUCACGCAUCACAGUCCCACCGAAGACACCCGUGCUGUCAAGCCAUGUCACGCUCAAAGCGACGUCAAACCUGGUUUCCAAACGGACUUGCGAGGCGAAGCCUGUUGGAAGAGCCCCAGGGUCAAGCUCUGGGUGUUCGGUCAUACACACUACAACUGCGAUUUCGUGGACGAUACAACAGGAAAGCGAGUAUAUACGAACCAGAAGGGCUACUCGCAAGAUCACUCUCCGGGGUUCAGAGAAGGAGACGUGGUUCACAUAGACUGA